UGCACUCCGGCUAACUUGACGUAUUGACCCCCGACAGUCAGCACCGGGAUCUCACGUCGGACCGUUUUCUGGUGUCUCUCAACAAUGGAGCGGAAAGUUGCUCGGGAAUUUAGACACAAGGUGGAGUUGCUGAUUGAAAAUGAAGCAGAAAAGGAUUACCUGUAUGACGUCCUUCGCAUGUAUCACCAGUCGAUGGAUUUGCCAGUGCUGGUGGGAGACCUAAAGUUGGUAAUUAAUGAACCAAAGCGCCUCCCCUUGUUUGAUGCCAUCCGACCUCUCAUCCCUCUCAAACACCAGGUGGAGUAUGACUUGCUCACCCCCAAGAGGUCAAGGAAGCUAAAAGAGGUGCGUUUGGAUCGGACAAAUCGUGAUGGCCUAGGUCUAAGUGUCAGAGGAGGGCUGGAGUUUGGCUGCGGCCUUUAUAUAUCUCAGAUUAUAAAAGACGGACAGGCUGAUAAUGUUGGCCUACAGGUCGGUGAUGAGAUUGUGCGAAUCAAUGGAUACUCAAUUUCCUCCUGUAUCCACGAGGAGGUCAUCAGUCUCAUCAAGACAAAGAAUACCGUGUCACUCAAAGUUCGACAUGUGGGCAUGAUCCCAGUGAAAGGCUCAUCAGAUGAACCCCUCAAGUGGCAGUUUGUUGACCAGUUUGUGUCUGAAUCAGGGGAGAAAAAAAGCAGUGUGGCAGGCUUGGCAUCCAUUGGAGGAAAGGAGAUCAAGGAGAAGAAAGUUUUCCUCAGUCUUGUGGGUACCAAGGGUAUGGGCAUCAGCAUAUCCAGUGGUCCAACCCAGAAACCUGGUAUAUACAUCAGUAAUAUCAAGCCAGGCUCCCUUUCUGCAGAAGUUGGGCUUGAGGUUGGAGACCAGAUUGUGGAGGUGAACGGGGUGGAUUUCACCAACAUGGACCACAGGGAGGCUGUGAAAGUCCUCAAGAGCAGCAGAAGUCUGACUAUUACAGUUCUGACGGGAGCUGGCAGCGAACUGUUUAUGACAGAUGAGGAGCGUCUGGCACUGGAGGCCCGCAGAGAGCUGGAUAGGAAGGAGCUGAUGCACCAGAAGAGGGUGGCACUGGAGACCAACAAAAUCAUUAAAGAGCAGCAGGAGAAGGAGAGACAACGAAAGAUGGAGAUCUCUCAGAAAGCUGCAGAGGAAGAGGAGCGUUAUAAGAAGGAAAUGGAAAGGAUUGAGGCUAUGGAGACGAAACACAACAGAGAGUGGGAGGAAGACUAUGGUACAGACAGACCCAAGAGCCCUAAAUCGGGUCCAAAGACCCCAUCACCAACCCCACCUGAGAUUAAAACCACUCCAACUCCAAAGGCCAAAAGUUCUCCUAAUGAAGCCAGCUCUUUCGCAGAGGAGGAUGAGCAGGACGGAGAAGGAUUUCAGAAAUAUGUGGAUGACUUUGACCCCUACAGCAUGUUCUCCUCAGACCAGAUAGCUGACCGAGAUGUGAGACUGCUGAGAAUCAAGAAGGUUGGAAACCUUGACCUGGCGCUGGAGGGGGGAGCAGACUCUCCGUUAGGGAAGUUGGUGGUAUCUGCAGUGUAUGAAGGUGGCGCCGCUGAUAAGCACGGUGGGGUUGUACCCGGGGAUGAACUCAUGGCUGUGAAUGGGAAGAUCCUGAUUGAUGCCACACUGACGGAGGGACAAAACUCUCUGACUCGAGCCUGGAACAGUGGAGGGGAUUGGAUUGAUGUGGUGAUCGCUGUGGCCCCUCCAAAAGACUACGAAGAUGAAGUGACAUUCUUCUAACCUUAUCUUCAGCCUGCCAAGAAAACCAGACUGAUUGAGAAGCAUUUCAUUUAUGAUUCUUCCGCGGGCCACUAAUCACAAGGCACAUUCACUUGCUUGUCCUUUUUGCAUUUUACUUGGUUUUGCUUUUUGAGAAUGUAUGUGUCAUGCUAUUUGUAUGAGCUGCCACUGUCUUGUUUUGCUGAAGGAUGGUCCAGUCAAUAUCUAGCUGCCACUAGUAACCUUCAUCACUUCUCAUUUAGAUACACCUGAGCUUUCAUCUGUCAGUAUAAGAAAGGGGAGAAAAAGGAAUUGUAACCAAUAGCACACCCAAUAAAGAACAAGAAAUGAAGUUGUGUUGUGCAUACUGACU